AUGGACCCUUCUACUUCUUCGACGUUCGUGGCAUCCUCGUCUUCAGAAACAUCACCCCCACUACCAAAUAAAAAUGCUAAAAAGCGGAAUCCAGCGGGAGUGCUAGGCCCGGAUGGCAAGCCAUGUAAGGUGUGUAGUGGGUUUCAAGCGUGGACGAAGCAAGCAAAACAGGAUGUCAAGCAGGACGAAAUGAAGGGGCACAGUAAAGAAGCUCGGAUAGAGGAAGGGACGACGGAACGGACGAUAGUUGAGGAGCGGGCAGACUGUCCGGCGGAUUCGAACCGAUUAGGUCGACACACCUGGACCUUGCUGCACACGAUCGGGUCCUACUAUCCCGUUGAGCGACCGAGCACAGCCCAAAAAGACUCCGUCCGCCAACUUAUCAAUUCUCUUGCUACUAUCUAUCCCUGUCAGCCCUGCGCCUCCCAUCUCCAGGACUAUCUCCAUCGCUUUCCUCCUAAAACAGAUAAUCGCUCCCAGCUCGAACGUUGGCUCUGUGACGCUCAUAAUGAAGUCAACGAACGCUUGGGUAAAGAGCUCUUCGAUUGUAGUCUUGUUUCUAAACGUUGGAGAGACGGUUGGGAUGAUGGACAUUGUGAUUAG